AUGGUUGUCCUCGCAGCCUCAAUAUGCACAAGAGGCGGCAAGGCGGUGCUCUCCCGCCAAUUCCGCGAGAUGCAGCGUUCUCGCAUUGAAGCCCUCCUCGCAUCUUUCCCCAAGCUCGCCGACAGCGGAACUCAGCACACCAUCGCCGAGCAGGACAAUGUCCGCUACGUCUACCAACCGCUUGACGAACUCUACAUGGUCCUAAUCACCAACCUGCAAUCCAACAUCUUGCAGGACAUCAACUCAUUGCACCUGUUCGCCCAGGUCGUCUCCUCGAUAUGCAAGUCCCUGGACGAGCGCGAGAUCCUCAGGAACGCUUUCGAGCUUCUGACCGCCUUUGAUGAGAUCGUCACGCUGGGCUACCGCGAGAACCUCACCAUGAGCCAGAUCAAGACCUUCUUGGACAUGGAGUCUCAUGAAGAGCGCAUCCAGGAGAUCAUUGCGCGCAACAAGGAGCUUGAGGCUUCAGAAGAGCGUAAGCGCAGGGCGAAGCAGCUGGAGAUGCAGCGGAAAGAAAUGUCGAGGUCUCAACGGGCAGGUGGUGGCAUGGGCGGUGGUAUGGGUGGCGGAAUGGGCAGUGGCAUGCCGAGUCGGUCACCUUCAUAUCCUGCUUUUACGCCCAGUGUGCCCACAACCAAUGUGACGGACUCGUACGACAGCUACGAAGCAGUCAAGAAGGCGAGCUCCAAGCCCAUGGCAUUGGGCAAAAAGGGUAUGCAGCUUGGCAAGAAGAACAAGACGAACAACAUGUACGAGCAAGUCACUGGCGAGCAAGCACCAAUGGAGGAAGAGCCACUGGUCGCACCCAAGUCUGCGCCUUUAGCUGCCGCCCCAGCAAGCGCACGCCAGUCUAUCUCGACCGACCGCGAAGCCGUACAUAUCGCGACUGUGGAGACCAUAUCCGCGCGCCUAGACCGUGAAGGUGCGCUCAAGCACUUCGAGGUCAAGGGAGACAUGCAGCUCAAGAUUACCGAUCCUUCCUUUACACAGAUCAAGCUGGAUCUUGCGACAGGCGACACUCGCGGUGCACAGCUCAUGACACAUCCCAAGGUGGACAAGGCCAUCUUCCGGAACGACAAGGUCAUCCAACUGACCGACACAACCAAGGGCUUCCCCUCGAACAUGGGCAUCGGUGUCAUGAAAUGGAAGCUCUCACCACGGGCCGACGAGGUAUCGGACCCACCCAUCACCUUCCGCGUCUGGGUCGAGGAAAAUGGCAACUCGUUCAACAUCACGGUCGAGUACGAGCUCACAGGCGGCGACCCGCUCAAGGACGUCACAGUCACCAUUCCGUACGAGACGGACGAGCCCAACGUGUCCUCCUUUGACGCCGUCUACGAAGUCAGCGGCGACAGCAUCGAAUGGAACAUUGGCGCAGUCGACGAGGCCAACAGCUCCGGCAGCUUCGAGUUUGAGGCCCAAGCCGGGAGCGAUGCCGAGUUUUUCCCCAUGCGCGUCCGCUUCUCAAAGAGCACCCCAUUUGUCGAUAUCAAUGUGGCGUCUGUUCAACUCCUCGCUAUGAAUCAAGACAUCAGCUUCUCCAAGGAUGUCAAGUCUCAUGCUGAUGUCUACGAGAUUAUGUAA